AUGCAUUCACUAAAGAAAGUGACUUUUGAAGAUGUAGCUAUUGACUUCACCCAGGAAGAGUGGGCCGUGAAGGACACAUCCAAGAGAAAGCUGUACAGAGAUGUGAUGCUGGAAAAUAUCAGUCACCUGGUGUCCCUCGGGUACCAGGUAAGCAAAUCCUGUAUAACUUUACGGCUGGAACAAGGAAAAGAGCUGUGGCAGGAAGGAAGAGAAUUUCUUCCAGACCAGAAUCCAGACAGGGAAAGUGCCCUUAAGAAAAGACACGUGACAUCCAUGCAUCCUAUCAUCAGAAAAGACGCAUCCACCAGUAUGACAAUGGAGAACUCUCUCAUUCUGGAGGAUCCUUUUGAAUGUAAUGAUUCGGGAGAAGAUUGCACUCACAGUUCCACAAUAACUCAGUGUUUGUUAACUCAUAGUGGAAAGAAACCCUAUGUCAGCAAACAGUCUGGAAAAUUCCUUAGUAAUCAGUUGUCCCCUAAACCACAUAAACAAAUUCAUACUAAAGGUAAAUCAUAUCAAUGCAAUCUAUGUGAAAAGGCCUAUACUAAUUGCUUUCACCUUAGACGGCACAAGAUGACUCACACUGGAGAGAGGCCAUAUGCAUGUGAUCUAUGUGGAAAAGCCUUCACUCAGUGUUCUCACCUUAGAAGACAUGAGAAAACUCACACGGGAGAGACUGUAAAGUGUCAUCAAUGUCAGAAAGCCUUUAUUCAACCUUUUAACCUUCGAAGACAUGAGAGAACUCACCUUGGAAAAAAGUGUUAUGAAUGUGAUAAAAGUGGGAAAGCCUUUAGUCAAAGCUCUGGAUUUAGAGGAAACAAAAUAAUUCACACUGGAGAGAAACCACAAGCUUGUCUUCUAUGCGGGAAGGCCUUCAGUCUGUCUUCCAACCUUAGAUGA